AAUCUUUCAUCGUACUGUCAUGAUUGGUGGACACGUGGCAGCAUCCCAUUUGUUUCAAGAUGCACCAUCCUACGGUACAAAGACGCGGGAAGGGAAAUUUCCCCCUAUUUUGGCAGGUUUAGGGUUAAUUAAGCGUGCUGGUAUAUAAACUCGUGGUGAGGGCACGGUGUGCGCGAGUGGAAGGAAUUCUUUUGCGCUAGGGCGGUCAGGUCAGUGGCGAUCGCCGCCAAAUUCAGGGCUUCGAUCGCUUCGAUCUUCGCGUCGUCGCGAUCCCGGCGCAUCGAAAUUCGAUUCAUCUGAGCUCCAGCGGGCCAGGAUUUCAGACUUUUUUUGACAGGUAGCUAGAAAAGAACGAUGAAAAUAAUGGGUGGAGUUAUUUUCUUCCCAGUGGUGGAAGAUUUCGAUCCCGCUUUGGGCAAAGGCUUCUACUUUGAUUCGUAGCAGUCGCUCCCUCGCGCCGGUGCUGUCCGUGGGCGCUGUCCGUGAUGGAUUCGAAGAAAAUGUCGGCGUCGCAUCGGCGGAAAUGUGGGCUCUUGAAGCACCAGCUUCGUCUCGUGAGGCGGAAAGAUUGUGAUCGAUACGAGGUAGCGCCGAUUGCCGAUUCACUCUCUUUCGAGAAGGGGUUUUUCCUUUUCAUCCGAGCAUGCCAGCUUCUAGCUCAAAACAUGGAAGGGGUGAUUUUGGUUGGCCUAGCCGGACCAUCUGGUGCUGGCAAGACGGUCUUCUCUGAGAAAGUUGGGAGCUUCAUGCCGGGGAUUGGCACGAUUUCUAUGGACAAUUACAACGACUCCAGCAGAGUUAUAGAUGGGAACUACGAUGAUCCUCGGCUCACUGACUAUGACACAUUGCUCGACAAUCUUCAGAACCUUCGAGCUGGAAAUUCGGUGGAAGUUCCUAUAUAUGACUUUAAGAUCAGCAAGAGAGUGGGAUACAGGAAGCUUGAUGUCCCUUCUUCUCGAAUUGUGAUCGUUGAGGGAAUUUACGCGUUGAGUGAGAAACUCAGGCCUCUUCUUGACUUGCGGGUAUCAAUCACUGGAGGAGUGCACUUUGAUCUCGUAAAGAGGGUCUUACGUGACAUAAACAGAUCUGGUCAAGAGCCCGAGGAUAUCAUACAUCAGAUAUCCGAGACAGUCUACCCCAUGUACAAAGCGUUUAUAGAGCCCGACCUCGAGACAGCGCAUAUCAAGAUUGUAAAUAAAUUCAAUCCGUUUUCUGGAUUUCAAAACGCGACAUAUAUUCUCAAGUCUUCCAGAUCUGUAACGGAAGAGCAAAUACGGAACGUUUUGUCGAAUGAUCACACUGAAACUAUCGAAGAAAUAUAUGACAUUUAUUUACUGCCGCCUGGCGAAGACCCUGAAACAUGUCAGUCAUAUUUGCGAAUGAGGAAUAGAGACGGAAAGUAUAGUCUCAUGUUUGAGGAAUGGGUCAUCGACGAGCCUUUUAUCAUAUCGCCGCGCAUCACUUUCGAAGUAAGUGUACGUCUUCUCGGCGGGUUGAUGGCCUUGGGGUAUGAAAUGGCGACAAUUUUGAAGAGGAUUAGUCAUGUCUUUUCGGAUGAGAAAGUAACAGUAAAACUUGACCGACUUGAACAGUUCCAGCGAAAAUACGUACAGGUGCAAGGGAAGGAGAGGUCUGUGGUGUCCGAUUGUGGAAGCAAGCUCGGGCUUGACAAUCACUAUGUUCCAUGCUCUUAUAUCGAGCAGAUUCAACUCGAAAAGCUAAAUUCAGAAAUGGCUUUGCCUGAAGAUUUGAAGGAAAAGCUAAGCAACGAUACACUGUUACCUAGCCCAACGCCUUCGUUCUCCUGGUUGGCAGAAACAAAGCCCGGCAUUCGUACUCUUUACAGUCAAAGCUGGACCCGCAAUAGUAGCAACAAAGACAUCCCCAGAGAACCUCUUUUUAUGUCGCGUAAAGGACAUAAUGGUAAGAAGUCCCAACAUCUGUGGAUAGAGGCCAAUGGGAAGAAGGAGGAACCCGAGCCUCAGUCCCACAUAGUAGACGAUCAGGAUCAAGUACGUGUCUCGGAACAAAUGGCUAGCAUAAACGAGCGCUUAGACGAGGUGUUGUCCCGGUUAGUAGAGCUGGAAUCGAAGCUACCAGCGGCCGUGACCACCAGCGUGUCGAUCCAAAGGCAGAAUUCGGCGUUCGUAGGCUCGUUUGGAAGCAAUGGUCCCUCAGCGUUUCUCGCAAACGGGAACGCAAACGGGCACUCAUCUCCCUCCGUGCCUCUACUGCAAUCUAGCUCCGAGGCCUACAUUCUAGAAGAGAUCAAAAUUCUUUCGCGAGGCCAGCGGCACUUGGCCAAUCAGCUGGACAUGCUGAGCAAUCUCAUGCACGAGAAGUAUAGCUCGAGCAAGAAGAAGAGCGCAAAGGCGAGGUUUAAGGCUGCGCUGAGAAACAUGAGAACGAGCAGCGCGGGGCUGGCCUCGGCCGCGGCUGCGGCAAUGGGAUUGACGACGCUGGCCGCAGUGGUCGUGGUAAAGUUUUGGAGAAGAUCGUCCCUUUGAUCAGAGAGAAUUCUAGUCGCAUUGAUCUAGAAGAACAGUUCUCUAUCUAGAGGAGUGAUCCAGCGAGCGAAGAUUUUCUAUGAAGAACGAUCCACGAGGUGGGAAUAAAUUAUAUAGCUUGGGGGAA